AUGAGUGUAGAGAAAGGAGGUAUAUUUGAAGAGACGGUAAGAAAGGCAAUAGAAGGGAAGAACAUCUUUUUGUGGGGAAAAACUGGGACAGGAAAGACAUUUACAGCAAAUGAAGUUUGUAAAAGAGUAGGACAAAUAAUUCCCUAUAAUAAAAGUACAAGUAAAUUAUGGAGAAAUUAUAAAAAACAAAAAGUAGUUUUAUUAGAUGAUAUUGAUAAAGAUAGUGUUAAUUAUAUUAAAAGUAGUAUAUUUACAUGGGGAGAUUAUUAUAAUUUUGAAGCACAAAUAAGUAGUAAAGAAGAUGAUACUAUUAUAAUUAAUCCAGUUAAUUAUACAUUAAUAAUUACAUCUACAUUUAGUCCAGAAGAAUUGUUUGAAUUUAAGAGUAGUUAUGAAGUAGAGAAAUUCCAUAGAUUAUUUAAAGUAGUCCAUACAGAUGAGAAUUAUUUAGACUUUUAA